UAGUGCAGCGAAUAUUGUGACACCAUGCAAAGCAUUCUUUUUAAAUAGACAAAGAACUACAAUUACAUUGAGGCGCGAGGAACAGGUUUAGUAACAGUGCCUUAUCUUAAAGCGACAACCAAGGUUGAGAGAGGUUGGAAGCAGGGAGCAGCAGGACUUAAGGCCUGGAUUUGGCGGCCGGAAGGAAGGAGCAGCGUGGCAUCCCUCUCCUCCUCUCAUGUCCCCUCCCUGUGUGUCUUUGCAUGUCAGUGUCCCCUCGUCAUCCCCCCUGUGUCUCACCCCACCAGCCCUCUGUGUUCCUCCCCCUCAUGCUUGGGACAGACUGGCCUCACUGUCAGACCAAUGACUGCCUGGAUAAUACUGCCUGUCAGCCUGGCUGCCUUUUCUAUCACUGGGAUAUGGAUAGUAUAUGCUAUGGCUGUAAUGAACCACCAUGUUUGUCCUGUUGAGAACUGGUCGUACAAUGUGACAUGCACAGAGGAAACAGCCAAGCCAGGCUUCCCAAAAACAUGCUGCACCAUUCAAGACAUCCCCCUCAUCAGUAAAUGUGGAUCUUACCCUCCCGAGAGCUGUCUUUUCAGUCUCGUUGGUAAUGUGGGAGCUGUCAUGGUAGCGUUGGUGUGUUUGCUACGGUAUGCUCAGAUCAUUGAGCACAGGAACCACUGUUGGCUCAACACUAGUGGACUUGUGUCUGGAUGCACCAAUGCUGUUGGACUGGUCAUGGUGGGCAACUUCCAGGUGGACCACGCUAAAACACUACACUAUGUAGGAGCGGGUGCUGCCUUCCCAGCAGGCAUUCUGUUCGUGUGUUUGCAGUGUUUGCUGACCUACCAGGUGGCUGUCACCGCUCUGGACUACUGGAUGGCUCAUGUGCGUGUGGCACUGGCUUCUGGUGCUCUCAUCACACUGGUUCUCAGUGGGAUAUUCUUCAUCCAUGAGAGCUUUGUCUUACAACACGCAGCGGCCAUCUGUGAGUGGGUCUUCACUGUAGUCAUCCUAGUGUUCUACGGGACUUUCACCUACGAGUUUGGCACGGUCACAACUGAGACCAUGUUAGCCGGCCUCCAGAGGAACCUCUCGCACGGGCCCGGUAUUAUGAUUGGAGACGACAUCCAAACAGACUCCCUGGGAGGCACCACCACAAAGGGUUUGAAAUCUCCAGGUGGAAGCAGCACCUCCACCCAUCUGAACUGCACUCAUGAGAACGUUGCAAUGCUUUAAACACAUCAGCACAAACGCAGUCACAUACUGCCAGGUGGAAAGCCUCACAAUGGUGCAUCCUACAUUUAAGACCACACUUGGGCUGAGAUUGAAGUGAUUUAGAGGAACAGCCCGGUCUGAUUCGAGGCAGAUUAAGAGUUGAACGGGUUUACAAGUGUGACUGAUGUAUACUAAAAUUUCAGUUUUAGACCUUGUCUGAUAGAUUUGCCUUUUUUCGUCCUGUUUUGUCUUGCGAUAAGCUUCUUUUGGGCUGUAUGUGGAUGAAAAAUAGUUUUUUAUUAUUAUUAUUAUUUAUUU